ACUCGGCGGCCAGAAGGACGCGCCGCCGCGGCUGCCCGCACAGCUCCUCUCCGCGCCCGGCAUGACUUGCAAGGGUUCGUCGAGCUGGGCACUUUGGGUGGCCCCCUUGGCUACGCUGCUGUCUCUGCGAGGUCUAGUGAGUCCCUUGGAGGUAUUCAUGAACACCAGGAGUGUUGAAGUUGCUCGGGGUCAGACGGCCAUCCUGCCCUGUACUUUUACCACUAGUGCUGCGCUCACUAACCUUAAUGUCAUAUGGAUGGUCACGCCUCUUUCCAAUGCCAACCAACCUGAACAGGUUAUUAUUUACCAGGGUGGUCAGAUUUUUGAUGGUGCAGCCCAUUUUCAUGGGCGAGUGGGGUUUGCAAAAACAAUGCCAACCACCAGUGCCUCCAUCUUCAUCAACAAUACCAAGCUCUCAGAUACAGGAACUUACCAGUGUUUGGUGAAUAAUCUACCAGACCGAGGAGGGCGGAAUAUUGGAGUCAUUGGACUCAAUGUCUUGGUUCCACCAUCUGCGCCAGACUGCAGAAUUCAGGGUUCUUUGAAUAUUGGUAGUGACAUUACAUUGAGUUGUAAUUCAGAAGAAGGUAUCCCUCGGCCGACCUACAACUGGGAAAGGCUGGAUAAUGCUCCCAGGCUGCCUCCAACGUCCAUUCAAGAUCCAGUUCAGGGUACUCUUCUUCUACGCAAUAUUAGCUCUGUGUCAUCAGGACGUUACCAAUGUAUGGCAUCUAAUGUCAUUGGAAGCAGCACCUGUUCUCUUGAGGUUCAAGUGAUUACACCUAACCCACGGAAUAUUGGCCUGAUUGCUGGAGCUGCAGCAGCAGGGGCAGUUGUGCUUAUUGUCUGCAUUGUCUUGGUGGCUGUUACACUCUUUUAUUGGAAAAACAAACACAAGGAGGAAGAGGAGGAAGAGAUUCCCAAUGAGAUAAGGGAGGAUGAUUUGCCACCCAAAUGUUCUUCAUCCACAAAAGCCUUUCAUGGUGAUGCUUCCUCAUCUGAAAAUGACACCCUCACAUCCUCCAAUACCUACAAUAGCCGAUACUGGAAUGACCCCAAAGCAAACCAUACCACAGACUCCUUCACUCACCUCAACAGUGACGCACGGCAGGCCUUCUCUCGUUCUGGAAGUACCAAUGCCCGUUCUGUAUAUGCUAAUGGAGGUCACCCAGCACACCCUCCACCGAAGACAUUGGUAGUGACAACCAAUACAGCUCCAUCUCCACAGGAGAUGGCCAGAAGUAAUGGGUCAGUGAGUCGGAAACAGCGAUCCCAACACACACGGUCCUAUGCUGUGAGCCAAGCAACGCUGGAGAGGAUAGGUGCCGUGCCUGUAAUGGUACCAGCACAGAGCCGAGCGGGUUCUCUGGUGUAAAAAAUGGCUGCGGUUCUACGAAUUUAUUACAGUGAGUGGGAGUGAAGAUGGGCCCAAUAAGAGACUCUCCUCUUCCUCCCUGAGAUGAAGGGGAAGAUCUGUUUUCUUCCCUCACCCCAAUCAACUGAGCCCAACUGGUGUGAUGAUCCCUCCCUUAUUACCCCAUCCUCAUGAUCUCAGGGGCUCCUCAGCUAUGGCUGUAUGUGCCAAGGCCAAAAGGAGGCCAUUUAAGGCAUCAGGGGAAGGAGACCACACUUGCUUUCUAAGGUCUGCUAUAUGAAAUUUCUAUUGGUACGGCGAGCCAGUUGGAAUUUAUAAGGUCCAGAGGUCAGUAGAUGGGCUCAAUUGCCUUGAGGUUAGCCCACUGCUGUUUGGCUUGAAGCAUGAUAGUGAGGGGAAACUGGUGAAAUUCUGGCCAUGACUACGGAUCUCAGAGAAAAAAGGCAGAGAAA